AUGCUGUCGUCGUCGACCCCCGACGUCGACCCCUACGCCACUCUCCAUGUCGCCAAAGACGCCUCGCUCGCCCAGAUCAAGGCCUCCUACCGCAAGCUCGUCCUCAAGUGCCACCCCGACAAGGUCAAGGACGAGUCGCUGCACCCCCGCGCCCGCGACGAGUUCCAGCGCGUGCAGGAGGCCUACGAGCUGCUGACCGACGACGCUCGCCGUGCCGCCUACGACCGCAAGCUGCGCACGCCCACUGACCCCAAGAAGGACUCCGACCGGCCCUGCCCGUCCACGCCCUUCUUCACCUCGCGAGCCUCGCCCGACAAAUCCUACUACGACGACGACGACGACGACGACGAGCCCCCGCGCUUCUACACCCACCCGGGAUCCGACCGCAUCUACGAAGAAAUGCGGCCCAAGGGCUGGCAGUACGACGACUACGACUUCGAGCCCCAGCCCGCCCCCAAGGAGCCCGAGGAACGCCGGAAGAAGACCAGCACCGGCUCGACCAAGCACCGCUCCGCCGCCGACGCCCCCAAGCCCACGCGCGAACACAGCCGCAAGACCUCGUCCCGCGCGAAGAACCGCGACAAGGAGCGCCGCCGGGAGUACUCCGACAAGUACGCCGAGGACUACGCGUCCGAGUCCGACUACGAGCCGCGCUAUACCCGCCAGCACACCCGCCGCCACUACUCGGAGUAUGCAGAGCCCAAGCCCAAGCCGCCGAAGCCCGCCGCUCGAUACGAGUCGCCGCCGCCGCCCCCGUCGCCCGUCCGGGACUGGGAGUCGGCCUCCAAGCACGACUAUUGGCAGGACAACGCGCGCGAGUACAUCAACCGCGCCCGCGGCGGCAGUACCGCUGCUCCCGAGCCUCGACCGCGCAUGCCGCCACGCUCGACCACCAGCAAGUUCGAGCCGUGCUGCGGCACCGGCUCCUGCAGACACACGCCGCGGACCCAUCACACCUCCCCCCCGCCGCCGCCGUCGCCGCCGCGGGAAGCUCCCGAGCCUACUCCCGCCUACAAAACCUCCAAGGCACGCUUCUUCCCUGGCCUGAAGAUCCGCACCGCCGUGCCGCCCAAAAUACGCAUCCCCCCGCCCAAACGCUCAACCACCAUGUACGAAACCCGUCCCUCGGGCCACAGCCGCCGUGACAGCUCGCCUGUGCGCCGCUCCGACGGCUUCCCGCCCUCCUUCACCCGCAACCGCACCGAACCCAUCAUCCCCAAGGCCAGCAGCAAGCUCUACGACUCGGGCUACUCGAGCUCCACCAGCCCCGCCACGCCCGAGGCCUUCCACCACAACAACAGCCACCACGGCCACCAUCACCACUCCGCCUCUACCUCCUCCGCCUCCACCAAGGCGCGCUUCAUCAUCAUCGAAGACGCCCACGACUACCGCCGCGGCGACCCCACGCUGGCCACACCGCUGCCGCAGCGCCGCGCCUCCACCGCCUCCACCAGCAACCCCAAGCCGUUCAUCAUGCAGCCGCGCCACCCGCCGCCAGCCGCUGCCACCGCCGCCGCCGCCAGCAGCGCCCGCCGCGCGCGCUCGCGCGACUUCCACUUCCCCACCAUGCGCACGAGCAGCACCGCCGCGGGCUAUUUCAAGGACGACCAUCCGUCCGUGUACAAGGAGAUGCGGCCGCACGCGCGCCCGUCGCCGCGCAUGUCUCCCAGUGAAUAUGCGAAUAUUCCCGAGAUGGUGCCGCGCGGCUAUAAGCCCACGAGCGCUUAUUAG